AUGGUGUGGUUAUCAAUUGCUUCAUUUGCUCUAUGUUUGAGUUUGAUCACCACCUGCAGUGCGAUCGCAGCACAAAAUAAUUCAUAUUUCGCUCCUAAUUCGACUGGCUUCCACAUGAGGCAUGGGUUCGAAAAUAUCCUCGUUCAGCCGUAUGGGUAUGAUGGAUUUCGAGUCCGAGCCUGGGCCUUCCGACCUCCAAAUGGUAACGAAGUGAGCUUUCUUUACGAUCCGCCGCUUGAAGGUCCAGAGGGCGGCAUAUCCAUCGGCAUGAAGGCCGACACCCUAUUCAAUGGCUCCGCCCCAAUCGCCAUCAGGAACGGGAAUACCAUUUGCAGGACUUUCGGUGGCACCUUUUCCAGCGGUACGAAUACCCGCCUGGCAUUCUAUCGAGUGGAAGCGGAUGGCUCGGAGUCCAUGCUUCUAAACGAGUACUCACCCACAAAAUCUAAAAAUCCCAGAUACUAUGAAUGGCCGACCAACGGAUAUGAGUUUCACACUGAAUAUUCCUUCAGCUCAUCGCCGGAUGAGCAGAUAUACGGCACAGGCAUGCAGCAAGAUCAUAUGGUGAACAAGAAGGGGCAGACCAUUGAUUUCAUCAACUUUAACUCUCACGUCCCCAUCCCUGUUUUCAUGAGCAGCAAGGGCUACGCGUUUGUGUGGAAUUCUGCUGCCUCAGGGCGCAUGGAGUUCGGACCGCUGAGAACCCGCUUUGUUUCGGAGAUGUCUACGCUUGUGGACUAUGUUGUGAUAGGCGCACCGAAAGGUGACUACGAUGCCCUGCAACAGAAACUCACCGCCGCGACUGGACGAGCACCUCCACCUCCAGAGUGGUCCUUGGGUUACCUUCAUUCGAAGCUGCGGUACGAGAAUCAGACUGAGAUCCUCCUCUUAGCCGACAAUUUUGUGAAGAACGAUAUCCCUGUGUCGUUGAUUAUUAUUGACUAUGAGUCUUGGGCCCAAAAUGGUGAUUGGGCCUUGGAUCCAGCACUCUGGCCGGACCCAGCCUCUAUGUCAGCAUAUGUGAAAGAGAGGACAGGUGCGGAGAUGAUGGCAUCUCUCUGGCCAGCCGUGGAAGACGACAGUGUAAACUACCUAGAAAUGCAAAGAAAUGGAUUCUUGUCCGCGACAAAAACAGGACCUGGAACGACCGACGCAUGGAAUGGUACUUAUAUCAGGAACUACGACGCUACCAACCCCGACGCUCGUAAAUUUCUGUGGGACACUUUAUACAGAAAUUACUAUGUGAAAGGCAUCAAAAAUUUCUGGAUUGACCAAGCGGAUGGCGGGUCACUCGGUGAGGCGUGGGAGAACACCGCACAGUUUGGUUACGUUGCUUCUAUUCCUUAUGCGCUACCAGACGUCCUUUAUAUGGCUGGAACACAGAAGAGCGUUGGAAAGCUUUACCCAUGGGCCCACCAGCUGGCUAUCGAGGAAGGUCUGAGGAAUGUAUCAGGGACGGAACAGGGUACGCUAUGCGAAUCGAUCUCUCUCAGCCGCUCUGGUUAUAUUGGUUCACAACGCUUUUGCAGCAUCAUCUGGUCGGGUGAUACGACGGCGACGUGGGAGACCCUCUCUCUGCAGGUUGCAGACGGACUCUCGGCAGCCGUCACCGGCUUGGGCUGGUGGACGCUUGAUAUUGGAGGCUUCCAGGCCGAUUCAACUGUUUCGUGGUCUAAUGACAUCGAUACUGAGGAAUACCGGGAGCUAUACGUGCGAUGGCAACAGUGGGCCACAUUUCUUCCCUUCAUGCGCAAUCAUGGGCAGAGAAGCUGCAAGGAAAAACAUGCCUAUACAUGUGAUAACGAGCCAUGGUCUUACGGGGAGUCAAAUACUCCGAUUAUAAAAUCAUAUAUCAACCUCAGGUACACUCUGGGCCCCUAUAUCAGUGCCAUAUUUGCCCAGUUUUCCAAGACGGGCCGAAUGAUCAUGCGCCCGCUUUUUAUGGACUUCGGAAAGAUUGAUCCCAACAUCUCCUCUUGGACGGGCAGGAACAACAACUUUACAACUCAGCAAUACAUGUUCGGUCCUCGAUUGCUUGUUACACCUGUCACGUUGCCGAAUGUGACGGAAUGGGAGGUCUAUUUGCCUCAGACCGCAACUGGGAAUGGUAAUAAGCCGUGGACAUAUUGGUGGACCAACGAGACCUAUGCCGGGGGGCAGAAGGUGACCGUGCCGACGCCCUUGGAACAUCUACCUUUGUUCCACCUUGGCACCCGGGCUGAUAUAUUGUCUGGAAAUGUGUUCUAA